AUGUUUGAUUUCUUGUUUUUCACGCUUUUUGUGCUUAAAACCCAAUCUUAUGAAUGCGACUGUCAACCAAUCGGAAUUGAUCAAUCUUUAGGUUUUAGUUCAAAUGGAAAUUUUAAUUGUAAUCAGUUCAAUUCGUCAACUUAUUCUUUGUGUUUAAAUGAAGAUUUUCGAUUUACUACACUGACAAUAUUUGGUUCACUUUUAAUUUCAUCUCCAAAUGUUAUUACAAUCAAUUCCAAAGCUUGGAUGAAUGCUUUUCAACUUUUUUAUAUCAGCAAAGACAUUACUGUUGUUCUCAAUGGAUCAUUUCACUCGGAACAUAAUUUUACUGUCGAAGAUAAUUCGACAAUAAAAGUUUUUGGUUCUUUUUCAAUUGGUGGAGAAUUGUUGAUUAAAAACCCACAACUUGAAAAGCCCCCAAUUGUGUUAUGGCAAUCUAAUUGGCUUCACUUGUACACUAAUACCACCGAUAAAAAUUUUUAUAUAACAAAUCCCACUGGAAAUUCAAAUUGUUUUGACGUGUUGUCAAUGAACGAUUCUAAUUGUUUUAACUUUAACAAUGAUGACUCUCAUUUACAUACAAAAGACUUCCCUUAUAAUUGUACUGAUGGAACUGCGUUUCUUUUAUCAAAUAAUAGACUGAUGAGAUUUUGUCCGAAACAUGUACCACAAAACAGAACCGUGGUGUGUACUUUAAAUCAAAGUGAAUAUCAAACGAGUUACAGUGCAAAUAAAAAUUAUGCGUUUGAAUAUCCACACUGUCCAUGUGACGACGCAGACACAAAUUGCUAUUUAAAUUUGAAUCAAAAUGUUUCAAUUGUCGAUUUCAAAAACGUUCAAAUGCUAAAUACAAUUUUUGUGAUUGAUAAAAAUGUUGACAUGUAUAAUGCAAAUAAUAUCAAAGAAAUUCAAAUCAAAGACGAUGUCCGUGUUAAUAUUACAUUGCUAUUUAAUUAUUUUAGUAUCAAAUUUUCAUUUGGGAUAUUAACUGUAACAGACACAAAUAUAGGAAAACCACUUUCUUUUAAUUACGAUUCGACAACGCACACAUUGAGAGUAACUCCAAAAUUGAAUUUUAAUAUUGAAAUAUUCAGUCAAAUUACAGAGAUAAAAAUUGAAUUGGAAGGAACUAUCGAUAUUAUUUCAAUGGGUGGAAAUUGCUUUGUAUCCUUUGGAGAAAAUGUGACAGAAGUAAAUAAUUUAACAUUCACCAAAUCAUUUAAUGCGAGUGAUGUUGCUGUGUUGUAUUUUGAGGAUGAUAAAAAUUACAAUACAAUCAGUCCGGAUUGUAUUUUGAUGAAAAAUUCGUUGUCAAAAACAAUUUGUUUAAAAUGUAAUACAAACACAAAACUUGUAAAUGGAAAGUGUGUUGGUCUAUCACAAAAUUGUAAAACAUUCAACUUGGAAAAUUGUUGUGUCGAAUGUGAAAAUGGAUAUUAUUUGAAUGCCAGUAAUGAUUGCGUACAAUUUAAUAACAAUUGUGAAGUUGGUAAUGAAGACGUGUGUAUUAAAUGUGCAAGUGGUUAUGUUAUUGAUAAUGGACAAUGCACAACAAACAAAGACUGUAUAGCAACGAAUGGGAUUAAUUGUAUUAAAUGUUAUAAAGGAGAACUCAACGCCAAUUGUGGUUCAUGCAGUGAUGUCAAUUGUAUGAUAUGUGAAAACAACAAGUGUAUUGUAUGUAAUAAUGGCUAUUAUCUUGGAGAUGAUGGAAUGUGCCAUUUAACACUUGACACAUCGGUUUAUUUUUACAACGACAUUAUUUACUGUAAAGAUGGGUAUUACAUAGAUAACUCCGAGUGCAUAAGUUGCACAACAAAUAAUGCGAAUUGGAUGAAAUGUGAUGUUGAGAAGCCAAUGAAAUGUUCAACUAAUUAUGAAAUCACAGAGAGUGGUAGUUGUGAAUCGACAACUUGCAAAAACAAUGAAGAAACAGAACAGAAUGGGAGGUGUUCUGUAACACAAGAUAAGUGUGUGUUUACACUCAAUAAUAAAUGUGUUGAAUGUACUAACAAUUACACGAUAGACGAUAAUGGAAAUUGCAUACAAAACAAUGGAGAAAUUGAACAAUCCAAUUGUAAAGAAACAACGCAAUAUGGGUGUGUCAGUUGUAACGACAAAUACUUUUUAUUAUUUGGGAAGUGUGUGAGUUGUGAUGAUAACUGUGACACCUGCAUCUCAAAUUCAACAUUUUGUCUUUCAUGCAAAGAAGGGACGUUUUUGAGUGACCACAAGUGUAUUACAAACAACGUCUUGAAUGGCAUUUGUACACAGUUUAUACCAUCAGGUGGGUGUGUCAAAUGUAAUGAUGGAUAUUACAGAAGUGGGUUGUAUUGUGAGAAAUGUGACGUCAAAUGUGGGACUUGCAACAACAGAGAAAGCUGUUUGACGUGCAAUUUAACAAAUUAUCGAACGUCCAAUAACGAAUGCAAACCACAAAGCGACAUUGUUGGGUGUCAAUUAAAAACAACACAAAACGGAUGUUCAAAGUGUUCUGAUGGGUAUUUCACAGUUAACACAAAUGAGUGUGAAAAGUGUAAUGCGACUUGUUUAACGUGUGUACAAACAAAAUACGCGUGUACUUCAUGUGAUACAAAUGAAGUUUUGGUUGACUCACAAUGUGUUGAUAUUUCAUUCAUAACAAAUUGCAAAGAAGUUGGUCAUUCAAAAUGCACAAGAUGCUCAUUUUGGCACACACCAAGUGCAAAUGACACUUACUGCAAUUCACAUGUUGUGUGGUGGGUUAUACUAAUAGGUGUACUUCUUAUAAUAGUUAUACUCAUUGUGACGAUAUUGGUGAUUGUAUUAAUAGUAAAACACGUCUCAAAAUAUUUGAAAGAGAAGUCCAUUGAAACGACAACGACACUAUUUGAAAUGUCAAAGUCGAACAUUCAAUUUGUGACAGUUGGUGAUGGCGUUGUGGUAAAUAAAACAAAAAUAGUUUUCAACGAUGGCGAAGAAGUCGAAGUCAACGAAAAGCAGAGAGAUUUGUUGUGUGUUGGUAACGUCACCAAACACAACAUGAAAAUUCAAAUUUCAACACAAACACUCACAAACCAGAAAUAUCAAAUUGAGAGUAAUCCACAAAUAGUCGUGUUGCCAAAAGGCUUUGCGUGUGAAUUUGAGAUAUUACUGACACUUUCGUGUACUUCCAAAAUUGAAAGUAAAAUACUUUUAGUGGCAAAUUCGUAUACACAACAAAAAGCAAUUUGCAAGGAAAUUGGGAUAUCUGCUGUUUCAAAGAUUUCAAUUCGAAUUGAUCCAGACGAAUUAAUAGAAGGUGUCAAAAUAGGGGAGGGCUCUUUUGGUAUUGUAUACAAAGGAAAUUACAGGGGAAACACUGUUGUAAUUAAACGAAUGAAAAGUGCACAAGAAAAUGUGAUGGAUGAAUUUACCAAAGAAGUUUCAAUGUUGGACAAAUUCCGGAGUGACUUUAUCGUCCACUUUUAUGGCGCCGUGUUUAUACCAAGUAAAGUGUGUAUGGUCACUGAAUAUGCACAAUAUGGAAGUUUGAAGGAUUUGAUGAGUCACAAAAAUUCAAAUGAAAUUGACUUACAAAUUCGCAAUAAAAUGAUGAUUGACGCAGCCAAAGGAAUUUUGUAUUUACAUGAAAACGGGAUAUUACACAGAGACAUUAAACCAGACAACAUUCUUGUCUUUUCACUUGAUGUGAAUGACAAAGUGAAUGCGAAAUUGACUGAUUUUGGAGCAAGUCGAAACAUUAAUAUGCUGAUGACCAACAUGACAUUCACAAAAGGUAUUGGAACACCAAAGUACAUGGCGCCUGAAGUCUUAAACAAAGAGAAGUACAAGAAGGCGGCAGAUGUGUAUUCAUUUGCAAUUACGAUGUAUGAGUGUUUUACGUGGAGUGACGCAUUUCCAAAGGAUGUCUACAAAUACGCGUGGGAUAUUGCAGACUCAGUGUGUUAUGGCAAACGUCCCAAUACAGAGAUGUUGACUGAAAAACAGAAAGAUGUUGUUGUUAAGGCGUGGCAACAAACGCCAAAAGACAGACCUGAUAUUGAGAUGGUGAUUAAACAAUUAGAAUCAUUGUGA